UGAGUGUCCUCUUCCUCUUCUUCCUUAUGCAGCAUAGACUGAUUAGAAAGGCUGGUCGGGCGGCGGAGACUGGCGCUGUCCUGAGAGGGAGGGCUCGGUGUGGAAGAGGUGAGGGUGUCCCGGGCCCUUGGGCCGCGAGUCUGUCUGAGUCAUCCCUCUCCUCAUCCCAAUCCUCUUCCUCCUCUUCUCUGGGACAUCCCUGCGUCUCUGUUCCGGCCUGACUCUAUUCGGGGCCAGUCUUGCGAGCCAGGCUACGCCCCAAGAUUUACUUCAGAACUUGACAUUUGGUUCUGAACCAACAAAACCCAGGGAUCCGCCGGGCUCUGAUGAAUCGGACAAAAGGUGAUGAGGAGGAAUACUGGAACAGCUCUAAGUUCAAGGCUUUCACUUUCGAUGAUGAAGAUGAUGAACUGUCACAGUUAAAGGAAUCCAAGCGAGCAGUGAAUAGCCUUCGAGACAUUGUGGAUGAUGAUGAUGACGAUGACCUGGAACGAGUCAGCUGGAGUGGGGAGCCUGUGGGAAGUAUUUCGUGGUCCAUCAAAGAGACUGCUGGUAAUAGUGGGUCAACACAUGAUGGACGUGAACAGAUAAAGGGCAGAAACAGCUUCUCUUCCUAUGCACAACUACCCAAACCGACUUCCACUUACUCCCUGAGUAGCUUCUUUAGAGGUAGAACUAGACCUGGAAGUUUCCAGUCUCUUUCUGAUGCUUUGUCAGAUACACCUGCCAAAAGUUAUGCUCCAGAGCUGGGGAGGCCCAAGGGGGAAUAUAGGGAUUACAGCAAUGACUGGAGCCCCAGUGAUACAGUCCGACGCCUUAGGAAAGGCAAGGUCUGCUCACUGGAGAGAUUCCGCUCCUUACAGGACAAGCUACAACUCCUAGAAGAGGCAGUCAGCAUGCAUGAUGGAAAUGUUAUUACUGCUGUUCUGAUUUUCCUGAAGAGGACACUGAGCAAAGAGAUCCUCUUCCGAGAACUGGAGGUGAGACAGGUUGCCCUAAGACACCUCAUUCACUUCCUUAAGGAAAUAGGUGAUCAAAAGCUGCUAAUAGACCUUUUCCGGUUCCUAGAUAGAACAGAAGAACUGGCGUUAUCCCACUAUCGAGAGCAUUUGAACAUUCAGGACUCUGAAAAACGAAAAGAAUUUCUGAAGACCUGCAUUGGUUUGCCAUUUUCAGCAGAAGAUACUGCACAUAUACAAGACCAUUACACCCUCCUGGAACGUCAGAUUAUUAUUGAGGCAAAUGAUCGACAUUUAGAGGCAGCAGGACAAACUGAGAUCUUCCGAAAGCAUCCCCGGAAAGCUUCCAUCCUCAACAUGCCACUAGUGACAACGCUUUUCUACUCCUGCUUCUAUCACUACACGGAAGCUGAGGGGACAUUCAGCAGUCCCAUCAACCUGAAGAAGACAUUUAAGAUCCCCGACAAGCAGUAUGUGCUGACAGCCCUGGCUGCUCGUGCCAAGCUCCGAGCCUGGCAUGAUGUUGAUGCCCUCUUCACCACGAAGAACUGGCUCGGUUACACCAAAAAGAGGGCACCCAUUGGCUUCCAUCGAGUUGUGGAAAUUUUACACAAGAACAGCGCCCCUGUUCAGAUAUUGCAAGAGUAUGUCAAUCUGGUGGAAGAUGUGGACACAAAAUUGAAUUUAGCCACUAAGUUCAAGUGCCAUGAUGUUGUUAUUGAUACCUACAGAGACCUGAAGGAUCGUCAGCAGUUGGUUGCAUACAGGAGCAAGGUAGACAAAGGAUCUGCAGAAGAGGAGAAAAUUGAUGCCAUACUCAGCAGUUCGCAAAUUCGAUGGAAGAAUUAAGUGGUCUUGGCUUCAUUGAAACUCACCUCAGUUCUUCCUGUCCUGCCUGUGAAAGUACAAACAACAUCACACCCACUUGGACCCUUUAUCAACAGGCAAUACUUGCUGCUCUUGAGACAGAAACCAGCACCUGGGUGCAGGUAGCUUCCGACUGAUCUCUCCAAGGACAUCAUAUAAGAGCCAGUUCCUAACAUUCUGAUCCAUGAGAAAAACACUCCACCAGGUGCUUUUGUGAAGGUGGGAGCCCAUAGUGGGUAAGAUCUUUCUUGGUCUGAGAAAGUGUCUGCUCUAGAAAGGAUGUCUCAUAGACUUUAGAGUACAAAAGGAGCCACAGGGUGGCCACUUCAUUCCUCUCAGCUAAUUAUGAUCCAGGACCUGGCGCUGGACAUUGGCAGUUAUGCUCUGAAGGACGUUGGAAUAGAACCAAAAUGACUGUCUUCCAAGGGCCUAAGGAAGGCAUGCCAGAAUUGCUCAGCACUACUGGAGACAGAUCCAAAUCAGACUGCCGAGAGCCUUUGCGUGAUGAUGGGCACUGCCUAGAUGUUGUGUUUCUUCAGCCAAUAUCUGUCUACUGCUCCAGUCUAUUUUGUUCAGAAAGUCAGAGAGCCCCUUCCACCUGCAUACGGAGAUGACCUGGGCAUGAGAUAGCCCAUAUCUCCUCUACUCCUAUCUCAGACCCCUACUCUUAUAUAGAGCUCGGGUUUAGCAGUGCUGGAGCGCUCUUUCUUUAGGCAAAAAUCUCAUUCACCAGAAGCAUUCAGAAGUUUCUCCUGAACUGAAGUUGGUGACACCUCCACUAGGAUGUUCACAUGCUGACUGAAAAGGAUAUUCUGUAUUGCUAAUCUGCCCUGUAUCCCUAUCAGCCUCUCUUCUGUGACUGAACAGUUUUCUUGACAUACUUAGACUCCUAAUAAAGCUAUUUCAUCCUUG